UCAAACCUCAUCGCAGUUCUAUAAAUAAACCUAUUCUAUCCUUUCACAAGUAAUUCUAUACGAAUAAAUCCAUACAAACACAAUGAAAAUGGAAGUGAACGUUAGACGAUUCAUGGUACCUUUUCUUCUUUUUGCAUUGUCAACAAGCUUAUCCUUCUUCCUCGUAAAAGCUCAAAAUGUUUCUGAACCGGUACUCGACGUUUCCGGUAACGCUGUCCGUAAAGGAGCGAAUUAUUUGAUCGUUCCAGCGGGUCGGGGCAGCCCCGGUGGACUUGAUAUCUCAUCCAUUAGGAACACAACCAAUCCUCUCGUUGUAAGCCAAAAUACUCAAAAUUCCAGCGGCACUGACGUUCAAUUUAUACCAGUAAAUCCGAAAGAAAAUACCAUCAGAAUAUCGACUGAUCUGAACAUCAAAUAUACGGCUAUGACAAUAUCUGAUUCGUCCACAGUAUGGAGAAUUAACACUGAAUUAAUUCCACAACGUUAUUUGGUGACAGUUGGUGGAGUAGAAGGAAAUCCAGGGCGUGAAACAUUGAGCAAUUGGUUCAAGAUUGACAAGUACGAGGAUGCUUACAAAUUUGCGUAUUGUCCUGGAGUUUGUGAGACAUGUAGACCAUUUUGUGGAGACAUUGGAAUACUUGUUGAAGGUAGCAAAAGGGUUUUGUUUGUCGGUUCAAAUCAACCUUUAAAAGUUAAAUUUGAAUACACAAACUCGGAUGAUCCAUGGGUUACAAUUAAUCCAAGUUUCAAUCCCAGCAUCGCAGACAAACUGCCAAUCUUGCCCUUUGUUAAAGUUGUAACGUGCAUAAUUGUUAUUUAUCACUUGAUAAAGGUGGCGUAGAAUUAGAUCAAAAGGAACUAGGAAAAGUGAGGUCAUCAAUUAAUACAUUAUCUAUUUAUGUAUGUAUUGUAGCUUUGGGUUGACUAGGUAUGUAUAUGUCAAUUGUAAUUGAAUACGAGUUGAUGUCUCAUUGUUUA